GAUCAGAAAGACUAAUCAGCGAUCGAGAAUAGAAACGUGCAUCUCGAGAGCUAGGGUUCUUACUUGUAAAAUUACGACAAAAACGUACGAAUCUUCAGAAGUAUUUGUCAAGAUGGCUAAUGAGCUUGAACUUGACUGCCUGGAGCUUGAAAGACUGUCAACACUGACAACCAGAGAUUCAGUGAGGACCCUACUAUCCAAACAGAUUCAGGCUCUGAAGGAACCACUGGAAGCCUCCAAAUUACCCGAUGGGCAAGACCACAAGGAAGCUGACCCUGUCGGAGUGGUAACAGAAGAGGUGGGCCAGGGUCAGCAGGGGGCAGUAACCAACGAUGAUAAACCUGUUGCAUCCUCAACAGGUACAACUGCUCCAGACAUACCUAAGCCAAGCGAGUCUCAGAAGGUACUGGUCUCCAAACUCCCAUCAAAGACCAUCACAUCGUAUGGUUGGGAUCAGUCUCCUAAGUUUGUCAAGGUGUAUGUCACGCUUAAUGGUGUCCAAUCUCUAGCUAAAGAUGACAUCACUGUCAACUAUACAUCUAGUUCCAUGAGUUUGAGAGUAAAGAAAUCAGAUUGUAUUCACCAGCUUGUUGUCAAUAGCCUUCUACAUCAAAUCAUUCCAGAUAAAAGUCACCAUAAGGUCAAGACAGAUAAUUUGGUAAUCCUAUUAAAGAAGAGAGAUGAAAAGAACUGGGCAUAUUUAACAGAGACUGAAAAGAAGGCCAAACAGAAAGGGAAACCUACGCCCCCUAAAACAGACACCGCAGACCCCUCAGCGGGCAUCAUGGAUCUCAUGAAGCAGAUGUACGAUGACGGCGACGAUGACAUGAAGCGAACGAUUGCCCAGGCAUGGACGCAAGCUCGCGAGAAAAAAGACACGAUGGAGCUCCCAUGAUAACACCGUGCCAAUAUAGUGUAAGCCUACAGACUUUAUUUGAGACAGUCGACUGAACAAUUAUAAAUGAAGCUUUGAAUCAAGCCUAAAUAUGUACGCCUCUGGAUGAGUUCUCAGGAGAAACAAUUAUGCCUGCAAGGAUACGUGUAAUUUCUUUGAUUCCUAGUCUUACAUUGCAGACCCUUUUCAUACUAUUCCUAUUGGUAUUGGACUGUAGACAAGUAGACUUGAAAUGGAAAAAAAAUGUGUGUCGUAGAGUUAUAAACUCCUAUGCUUUGUAUCUUUCAUUGUUGUAUCAUGUAAGGGCAAAUAAUGUUUGUAGACAUUUUUUUCUUCUCUUCAGGGGGGGGAUUUUUCUUUUACCUUUAUUUAAUUUGUGCAUAUACAUGCGGAACCAGCAUAGACCCGGUGAGGGGGGGGGGGUAUUCCCAAAAGCUCCUUGUCAUGUCAGUAAGAUGCAAUGGAAACCGUCAAGACCGAAUGAUACUGGCUAUAACACAUGAUUUCCAUAGACUCCAUCCUGCAUACAUGUAAAUGCAUGUUUCGUCCCUGAUGGGUUAAUACUCAACUGGUGACAUGCUCUUGUGUAAUAUGCCACAAAUUUCUUUCUCUGUUUUUAUUUUAACAAAGCAAGACUGAAUUUGCACUAACCUUAUUCCAAUUAUGAAGAAAAUUUCUUAUGAAUGCUGCAUUAAGGUGUUUGGCACCAAGAAUUUAAUGCAAUUAAAUCAACCCUCAAUUUCUGUUUUCACUAGUCAAAAAUUUUGAGUCUGAUUUAAAACUAAAUUUCGAUUUCAAAAGUUGCAUGAGACUUGAAAGUAAAGAGUCAUGAAGAAUUAAUAAGGGGGCUUUAUUAGAAUUAGCUAUUUUAUAAACCAUACAUGUUAACCAGGGGUGGUAUUUCAGGGGGAUGUUUCACAAAUGUUCCAGUAUGACCUUGAGUCGCACAGUAGCUUGCCGAAUGUAAGGCAUCACUGCAUUGGUCAAAUAGGACUCGCGCUACUGCAUAUUAUUAAAUGAUAUUGCGGCUAAAAUAAUCCUGUUUACGUCUGCACUAAGGUGACUUUAAAGGUAUUGUUUAACUUUGUGAGCAGCCGAUUAAAAAAAUUCUCAAACCAAGAUGAAACAUGUGUACAAGUGCAUGUAUUAGAACUAAUAAACCCUGAAAACAACCAUUAUUGAGAAUGAAAAGCUAAAACUACAAGGCAAACCCUGAUUUUAUAAAUAGGCAUCUUAUAGACACCUAAAUAGUACACAUAAGUGUAUGGGAUGAAAUUAAGAUGGUGUUUCCGGUCACUUUAUAUUUCAAUUUUUGAAGCACUAAAUAAUUAUUUUCAAACGCAAUUUUUUCUGGGCUUCAUUUUUGUAACAUAUCACAGACACAGGUGACAAGUGUGACCUAGCUCAUAUUUUUUAAAAGUCAAACCAGUGUUAACCAAUCACUUUAAGUCAUACUUCAUUCUUUGUGAAACACCCCCUAGAGUUGUCCUAUCUUCUGUCAUAUUAAAGAGACCACUACGAUUGGGCUAAAUCGGAUAAGGGAAAGUUUGAGGAUAUCCAAGGGGGUGAUGUCACAAUAAGAGCUCAACUAGAGUGUAUGAGAUAUAUUGUUUAAAGUCAAAGAGUCGCGUAUUUCUUAUGGGAAUUCCGCAAAUGGCUUUUCAUUUCCAAUUUUUGCAUUUCAUCACAGAAAAAGCUGCUUUGAAAAGAUGCAUAGUGCCUUUAUAGCAGGGCUCCUGCUAAAAGUCCUGAUACAGACUUUUUGACAAGGUACAUGUUCCUAUAAAGGUCAUUCCAUAGUAUGAAUUUGAUUAAUCGAAAGAUUUGUGAAAUUGAUUUUGUUUGUGGAUAUCCUUCACACAGCAUGUAAUUGGAAAUCUGAAGUGUUUUGAUAUAUAUAUGUAUACUGUAUGAAAUAUUUUUAUACCUUUCUAUCAUGAUAUUAGUCGCAAGAAAAUGCUGUAAUUCUGUGACAUGACUUUGUAUAAAAAUAUUACACAUUAUCGAGGGCAUUGGUAAGAAUUAUAACACAACGUCCCUUUGGAACAGUUCUUACAUGCCCGAGGUGUAGCUGAGGGCGUUUGGAAUGAUCUAAAGGUAACAAAUGUUUGUGUGAUUAUGCUAAUGCUCGAUCAAAAUGAUCUGUAGUAUUAUAUGUUUUAUAAAAUGAAGAGCUUGAUUCCAAAAGGGGCUAAAUCCACUUAUGACCAAAAAAUUUUUUGUUAUACAAAUAUAUGUAUCUUCGACGUGGCAAUCAAAUGCAACAUAUCACAUUUGGA